AUGGCGGCAAAGCGAAAAGCCGCGGCGAUGAACGCCGUCGAUGACGAGCCCGUCGAUCCGUCGGAUGAACUGGCGUUUUACUGCUUAGGUGGUGGUAAUGAAGUUGGAAGAUCAUGCCAUAUCAUCCAGUAUAAAGGGAAAACUGUUAUGCUUGAUGCUGGGAUGCACCCUGCGAAAGAGGGAUUCUCAGCCCUUCCGUUUUUCGAUGAGUUCGAUCUGAGCACGGUGGAUAUACUCUUGAUCAGCCAUUUCCAUGUCGACCACUCAUCCGCGCUUCCCUAUGUCCUCAGCAAAACGAACUUCAAGGGCCGUGUCUUCAUGACGCAUGCUACAAAAGCUAUAUACAAGUGGCUGAUUCAGGAUAAUGUGCGAGUCAACAACACGGCCUCCUCCUCUGACCAACGGACUACCCUAUACACUGAACAUGAUCACCUCUCAACGCUGCCGCUGAUUGAGACCAUUGAUUUCAACACAACACAUACGAUAAAUAGCAUUCGCAUCACUCCUUAUCCUGCCGGGCACGUUCUUGGAGCUGCCAUGUUCCUAAUAUCAAUUGCGGGUUUAAAUAUCCUUUUUACCGGCGACUACUCCCGCGAAGAGGACCGCCACCUUAUUCCAGCUACGGUUCCCCGGGGAGUGAAGAUUGAUGUUCUUAUUACCGAAUCAACAUUUGGAAUUUCCUCCAACCCCCCUCGCCUGGAGCGUGAGGCCGCCCUUAUGAAGUCUAUAACUGGAGUUCUAAAUCGUGGUGGUCGAGUUCUUAUGCCGGUUUUUGCGCUUGGUCGUGCGCAGGAACUCCUUCUUAUCCUUGAGGAAUACUGGGAGACACACCCCGAGCUGCAAAAGAUCCCUAUAUACUACAUUGGUAACACGGCUAGGAGGUGCAUGGUUGUCUACCAGACUUAUAUCGGAGCCAUGAAUGAUAACAUUAAGCGGCUUUUCCGCCAGCGAAUGGCCGAAGCAGAAGCGAGCGGUGACAAAAGUGUCAGCGCGGGGCCCUGGGACUUUAAAUAUGUUCGCAGUCUGCGCAGUCUUGAACGAUUUGACGACGUUGGAGGAUGCGUCAUGCUAGCGUCCCCGGGUAUGCUGCAGACUGGUACAAGUCGAGAACUAUUGGAACGAUGGGCUCCGAACGAACGAAAUGGCGUUGUCAUGACGGGAUAUAGCGUGGAGGGCACGAUGGCUAAGCAAUUGCUCAACGAGCCAGACCAGAUCCAUGCCGUGAUGUCACGGGCAGCCACCGGCAUGGGUAGAACGCGCAUGAACGGCAACGACGAGGAACAGAAGAUCAUGAUUCCUAGACGAUGCACUGUCGACGAGAUAUCCUUUGCGGCCCACGUUGACGGCGUCGAGAACCGAAACUUCAUCGAAGAAGUAUCUGCACCUGUCGUGAUCCUAGUCCACGGCGAGAAGCACCAAAUGAUGCGCCUAAAAUCCAAAUUGCUCAGCCUCAACGCAGAGAAGACAGUGAAAGUCAAAGUUUACACGCCAGCCAACUGUGAAGAAGUCCGAAUCCCCUUCCGCAAAGACAAAAUCGCCAAGGUAGUCGGUAAACUAGCGCAAACAACUUUGCCGACCGAUAAUGAAGAUGGAGACGGGCCGCUCAUGGCCGGUGUCCUCGUCCAGAACGGCUUCGACCUAUCGCUGAUGGCACCGGACGAUCUGCGCGAAUAUGCCGGUCUAGCGACCACGACUAUUACCUGCAAGCAGCAUAUCACCCUAAGCUCAGCUAGCAUGGAUUUAAUUAAGUGGGCGCUGGAGGGUACAUUCGGUGCCAUUGAAGAAAUUGGCACCGACGAGGAUGCAGAGAAGGAGGAUCAACAAAGCGAAAGUGAAGAGAAACAACGCAUGAAAGAGGAGGCUGAUGAGGAAAUACCCAUGGAGAAGCCUCAAGCAUACCUGGUUAUGGGCUGCGUUGUAAUCAGAUACCACCCCCGGACUCGCGAGGUCGAGCUUCAGUGGGAAGGGAACAUGAUGAAUGACGGGAUUGCCGAUGCAGUCAUGGCCGUCCUACUUACUGUGGAGAGCAGCCCAGCAUCCGUGAAACAAUCCGCCAAGCACAAUAAACACCACCACCACCACCAUCACGAUGAAACCGACACCCUCAAAUUCCUUAAUCCGCACGCUGCUCAAGAUGCAGAAGAACGAUUCGCCCGCCUGCUCAUGAUGCUGGAAGCUCAAUUUGGCUCUGACAUCGCCCCAAUCGAGCGUCCACGCGUCCCAUCCUCAACCGAAUCUGCAACCACAACUACGAACGGCAACGGCAAUUCCAAGUCCGACUCCGAGCAGCUUAGUUCACUCGAGUCAAAAACAGAUGGUGCAACUCCUCAAGAUCCUGACACACUAUCGGAACUCGAAGCUGCAGAGCUAUCCCGCCUCCAUGCGCUGGGUAUCCCGGUGCCGGGUAUCGAAAUCAAAGUUGACAAGCAUGUUGCUCGGGUCUGGUUGGAGGAUCUGGAGGUCGAGUGUGCGAAUGCAGUGCUGAGGGACCGCGUCCGGGUUGUGAUUGAGCGGGCUGUUGAGACGGUUGCAAGUAUGUGGUCUGUCGGCCGGUCUUCGAAGACCAUUACGAAUGGUGGUGGGAAGGAAAUUGCUGGUACUGGUGCGGAUGAUGUGGCUUCGAAACCUGGAUUGGAAGUUGCGGCAAGGGCUUAGUUUUAUUGCCUUUGCUAUGUGCCUUGUAAUAUACGUAUCUUAUUGAACCUACGGUGAAGGUUAUUCCUCU